GGAUCGAAUGCGGACGUGAUACACAAAGAUCUGGCUUGCCCGAUGAAUUGGUCCCUUUUUAUAUGUUCUCCUGCCUUCCCUCUCUUUAGGUCCUUUCCUCCCCGCCUUCAUCUCCUACUGCUUUUUUCAUCCCAAGUCACUUUUAAAUUUAAAUGUCCUCAAAGCGUGGUCGCAAGCGCAAUGAUAACCUCCCUCCUAAUAGAGCUAGGGACUCUGCUCAUCUACAAGCUCUCGAGUUGCGAGUAUCGGAGCUGGAGGAAGAGAAUAAUUGCUUAAGAGCUGCACUCAAUCUACCCGCAGCUAACCGCCCGUCUCUCGGUAAAGGUCCGACAGGCAAGGAUAAAUCAAAGUCUCUUGAGACAACACCUGUUGCUGCCCAGUCCAACUCUUCAAAAAGCCGAGAGUCGUCGCCCGUCGCAGAAUCACCUUCUCCGGGUCGUUCAGAAUCCGCUUCUCCCUCGGUCGUCAGCGGUAACUUGCGUACUCCUCCUGUAAUGGACGGUCAUUGGGAAGAAAGUUUUAUGAUGAGUGAUCAGCAGUCACAGGGCUCUCAUGUAUCAUCUUCGUCGUCUGCUUCCUAUAGUCUUCGCCCAGUUCCCCCGCCUAUGUCUCAGAAAAGCUCCCAUCAAUUCACUUUUUCAAAUCCCAUGCCGCCUCCGCGCUCUAUGAUUUCAAGUAGUGUCUCUGCACACUCCAUUCAGCCAAACUAUGCACAUACCGCUGAUAGGCCCAUUGCCACUGGAUAUAAUGAUAUGAACUAUCUCCUAUGUGACGUCAGAGAAAGCGCACAUUAUCCCUACUCAUAUCAACCAUCCCAGUUCAGUCCAGAUCAUGCCAUGUCCCCACCGUCUCAGCAUCCUAUUCAUCCAUCCCAAAACCAUCACCCGCAGCGCACGUCCUUGCCGCAUACGUCAAUAACGUACCCACAACGGCGUUCUGUCAAUGAACCUUCUGGGUUCAGACCGUUAGGCACCGAUUUACACCUGCCGAGUCCCCCACCGCAUCCACAGGCAGUGCGCCUAGCAUCGCCUCCAGCCCCGUCUGCGCAGGAUCCACGAUCCCAUUAUACCUCUCACGGCAAGCAUCCUAACGCUCUUCGGUGACCUUUCAGUCGUUAUCGUUGUCGUCGUCCUGUACUUCUUAAUUUCCGUUUUCGUCGUAACUAUUCUCAUCCUUUGUACUAUCAGUCCCUUCCUCACACGACCUCGGGAUUCUCAUUGCUCAUUGCUAAAUGAUUUUAACAACGUCUGUAUCGCUAUCGCUCGCGAGCUUUCUUCUGGCCACCUAGUCAAUUCUACAAUAGAUGUAUACACAGCUAUCUGGUAAAAUAUUCUUUCCGUGUAAUAGCUUUAAUUCUCC